AUCUUUGGGAGUUGAGCUUCACAUAAACCCUCUCGUUACAUAAACAGUGCAGUUCUGUAUUUCAAGUCAGAUUUUCUGCUACGCGUAGAUAAAAGUCACUUGUAGUUUUGUUGAUUUCAAAUAUACGCCCGUGUACAAGUUAGCGAAUGGUCGUACGGUACCUACUUUGUACAACGCACUUAAAAUCACGGUGUUUUAUCCAACCUUAUCUGUAAUAUUACAUUAAUAAUCUGCAAUGUCUGGACCAAAUGGAGAUCCUGACAUCUCCACUGAUGAUGGUUUCAUCGAAGAAGGUGACGAAUUUAGCGACGAGGAGUUUUCAACAAUCAACUCUAUGCUGGACCAAAUCAACUCAUACCUAGACGGCCUGGAGGAGAGAAACGACGCCCUCAACAGUAAAAUGCACGAACUCUUGGAGUCCAAUCGGCAGGCCCGGCUGGAGUUCAGAGCCCAGCUGGACGAGCAGCAGCCAGAAGACGAUCCUUCCGCUUCACCGGGCGUUGAAGACCACCAUGAAGACCAAAGAGAGGCUUGCAACUAAAAAUAUGAACUGAAUUGAAUUUGCUCUGUAAACUCCCUAAUCUACAGUAUGUCAACUGUGUGAUUCGUGAUUCCUACUGCUAACAUAGAACAGAUGUUUUCCCUGCAUUAACUGUCAUGUAUGUAUAUAUCAAAAUAUUAUUUUCUUUUAAUGAUACCUGGAAAGUAAAGAAGGAGUUCACAUGACUGGGGAAUUGUUAGGACAUUUUAAUAUAAAUUAAAAGAAUCUGAAAGAGAGGAGAGAGAAAAAAAAAAACUUCCAGCAUUUGAGACAUGAGCAAUACAAUGUGGCCCUAAAUAACUACAAAUGAGGAUGGAAUAUUUCUGGAACCGUUCAUAACAAGGAAGUGAUAACAAGGAAGUGAUGCAUUUGUGGAAAAAUAAACUCUUUCUGGCUUUAAAAAGAACUGUUAAGCAUUUUUAUCGAUCAAAUACAGACACAUCACCCAUUAAAAUGGCACAAACAAAUGGUCUGACAUAAACUAUAAAAUAUGAGCGGUCUUGUGAACAGCAUCUCAGUGUUUUUGAAUAAUGGAUUGGACAUUGAUUUCUGUCACUGGCAUUCAAGUAAAAAAAAAAAAAAAUGUCCUGGACAAGAUGCACCCUCUCACUAAUGAAUUUAUCACUAGUAGACAUCCAAUCCAUUUGAACAGGGAGGGUGGAAUGUUCAUUCAUUCGCUGCCAACCCUCCCAGUUCGAAUGGAUUGGACGUCUAUUGCUGCUGACAAUGAGAUAUUUGGGAGGGGGUUUAUGUCAUCUGUCCUUUGUCUUUUUAUGACCCUACAAAACGUGCCUGGUUUUGGCUAGGGUCGAUUUUUCAUGGUCUCUUCUUCAUUCGUGUUGUCAGUACAGACUGGCAGAUGUGCAAUAUCAAAAGGUAGUUGGUUUUUAGUCCCUUGUGUACCGCUGAGCUUUGACGUUGAUUCUGUGGUGCUGGAGAGGAAAUCUCUUUCCAGAGAGUCUGUGAUGGCUCCUGUUAAAGAGCUGCCGUCGAUGUCAGUGUUGUUGCGUUGUUCGCUGACUGAUUCUUUAUGUCUCUGAGUACAGAAAGCAGAAAACUAUGUUAAAACCUUUUUUAAAAUGAGAAGACAAAAUACUUAUAUUAUGUCCCAUUUUCUUUCUACCUUCACUGAAUUAACCCUUCAAGAAAUAAGUGGGUUGAUAAUGACCCAGUAACGUUUUCUUGAAAUAUCUUUGUAAUAAAAAAUUGUGAUUUCGUAUUCCAUGAAUUCCUCAAAAUCACGUUUUUGUUAUCAUUCCAUUUAUAUUUCUUAACUUGUCAGUUAUACAUUUUAAGAAAUUCGGGUAGUAAUACUAAAUCUACAAAUUGUCGGAAAUGGGUCAAAAAUGCCUUUUCAUGCCUUCUCUAUGGAAUCCAAUGUGAAACUGAUUUUUAUCAACUGUGGCUCUCAAAAAUAAAUAAU